GGGUUUCAUCCAUUGUUUAUUUUUUUGUUGCAGACUUUUCAACACUAUUUUGUGCGUGACUGAACGUCGUGACAUGCGUGCUUUGCUUGUAUUUGUGUGGAUUUUAUAAUUUGUUUUGGUUUUUCUUUUGGCAACCUAAUUCCGGGCCCGAUCAGCUUCCUCCGCCAUGCAUGUCGAGAAGAAAUCGGAGCUACGAAGUCUCCUUAAAUCCGGUGAUAGCCGCUGCAAAUUGGUGGAGCCCAGGAACACGAAGAGCUGUGUUUGGAGGUUUUUCAAUCUGGUCUCCUGCGACGACCGCAUAGAGCCGUAUGCUUGCUGCAAAACUUGCGGCGAUUUGCUUUCCUACUCAGGAAAGACUGGAACAGGGAGCUUGCUCCGCCACAGAUGCCUCCACUCGACACCGAGUAACGAAAAAACGGUGAGGAUAACCAAGGCCAAGCAGCUGCGCGAGCCGCUGCGGUUGGCCAAGCCCAAGAUAGAGCCCGCAUCUGGAUCAUUUAUAGUCGCCACCGAGUCCGGUGCCUUGCCUCAGAAGUGGGAGGAGUACGAGCACACAGAUGAGAUCAGCGAGGAUAUCAAGGACAUUAUAUACAGCGAAGACCCGCUCUGCUACAGUCCCAUACAUGUGAUGGAGGACGAAGCCUACGAGACAGGCGACAAAGUAACUGUCUUGAACGCCACAGGUACCUCCAGUUCUGGCGGAAGGGCCAGUGUCUCGGCACCCGUAGUGGCCACCGUGGUGGCUACUCCAACCAACUCGGCCAAGCAGCUAAAGAACAACUUGGAGACUUCGAUCGACCGCCUGACCACUGUUAGCGAGCAACUGAGCUACAUAAUCCAGCAAAAUCACGAGGAGCUAAGCAAGGACGACGACUACUACUUCGCACUUAGCCUGGUGCCUAUCAUGCGCCAGUUGUCGCUCAGCCGGAAGCUGUAUGUUCGCUCCAAGAUCCAAGAGAUUCUCUUUAAGGAGAGUGAGGAUCCGAUUCCUUCGAAGGAGGAUUGAAGUAUGAGUGCAAAAAAGGAAGGAUAACUAGGAACUUGGAGCAUCAGCUCAUUAAUUGUAAUUAGAUUAGAACUGGGUACAUUUGUUAUGUAUUCAGUUACUUACGCCCGUUUACUAAGUGCAACAAUUAUUUCAAUUGUAAAAUGGCAUUUCCAUUUUCUCAUUUCAUACUUGAUCCAAAUGCUUACCUAAAUAAAGUCUUUGACGUAGUAAUAAUAA